UUGGCAGGCUAGGAGCGAAAAGCUUAGCACCACACCGAAACGCCCUGUGAUACAUAACAGUUUUUUCAAUCGACAGCAGCGGCGCCGACGACAGCAGCAGCCACAUAGGCAGCAUCUAAUAAGCUUUUAUUAUCCAGCGCAGUGAAAGCCCAAGCAGCGGAGGGCACGGGCGUCGCUGUCGUCGCCGUCGCCGUGGUGGUCGACGUUGGGCUAUUGUUAUUGUUUUCGGUGAUUGCGAGUAAUUGAAGUCAAUUUAUGGCAGACCGGUUAGCGCGAAUGCAGCCCAAAACCAACGAUGUUUAAAUCAGAACGAAAUUCAAGCGCGUGCCGCGCACUUGCAGAUACUACUACAAACACAAAUGAGCCUUCCUCUGCCUGUAAUUCCUUGAGCAGAAUGUCACUAUGUCGUGCUUGCCUCGUGCUGCUAGGCAGCCAAGAUGUGUCCUACGAUUUGUGCCGUGAAAAAGAAUUAGCUGUCAAGUUUUUAGGUUGCAUGGGGAGCCGAGCAAAAGGAUUCCCUCAGGAUCUGCUGGACAGCAGCAUGAGCUGCAACGUUGUGCUGCAGUGCAUCUGUGAGUGCUGUUAUCAAUUAGUGCAAAAAUUCCAUGAUUUCCAAUGCAUGUGCGAGGAAUCCCAGCGAAACUUUGACAAAAUUAUGCUGCAAGUGAAUGCAAAGGAUGUGGAGGAAAUUCAGGAAAAUACUAUUGUUGAAACGUCGCUGGAGUCCCCUAAGAAUGUGGAAGAAAUUGCCCAGAUUCAAUCAUCGCUGGUCAUCGAAGAAAUCGAAAAAGUCUAUAUCGUAGAAGAUGAAACCGCCAAGGAAACGUUGGGUAAGGAGCGGAUUCCCACUUCCCAACGAGCCCGUGGAGUACGCAACAAAACGGAAUGCCACAUCUGCGGACGUGGCUUCUACAAAAUGUCCUUGUACGAGGCGCACAUGCAGAAGCAUCGCGGCGAACAGCCCUACAAGUGCACCUUUGAUGAAUGCGGAAAGACAUAUGCACGAGCCAAUUUGCUGACUGCUCAUCUUCGCGAGGUUCAUCAGAACAGCACAAGGAUUUAUGCCUGCCUCGAACCCAAUUGUAACAAGGUUUACACGGCGGCACGCAGUCUCAACUAUCACAUUCGGCGGGGUCAUCGCAAGGAGGAGUCGAGUGCUGCUCACAUUUGUGACAAGUGUGGAAAGUCGUAUGGUCGACGAGCUCACCUUACGCGUCAUCAAUGGGUGCACAAGAGCAAGGGCGAGCGAAAGUUUGAGUGUAACUAUUGCACACAGCGUUUCUAUACGAAUCAGAAUAUGAAGGAUCAUCUACAGCGACGUCAUAGUCAUAAGCCAGCUUUGCGUUGUCGUCGUUGUGGACGCAUCUUUGAAUCUCGCGCUGCGCUGAGCAAUCACACUAUGAAGAAGCAUGCGAAACUGCGAAACAAAAUAAAAUGAAGCGGGAUAAUUCUAUGAUAAGAACAUUUUACUGAUCAAUUAUUUCGCUUUUAUUUAUAUUGUAUAUAGUAUGUGAUUUCAAUAACUCUGCUUUACUAACGAAACUUUGUUACAAUGUAAAAAGUACAAUCCAUUGAAAUACUAAAAAAUUUGCUUAUAUUUUUGUUAUUUUCUUUUCGAAAGUCGGCUGAUUUUAAAGUAAAUACAUAUACGAAAAGUGACAGUUGUUUUUUUUUUUUAGGGGAAUCGAUUUGGGGAGGUUUACUAUAAAAUUAGCUAACAUUCACAUAAUAAUGCUUGGGGCUUGGGCUUGCAGCAAGGUAAUCUGGUAUUAUCUCGAAAUCAGUACAGAACAGAUGUCUUAGCACAAGCCCGCCUUACAAUAAUCGUAGUUCAAAAAUCAUUUGUAAAAAAAACAAUUAACUAAAACUUUUGCCUUAAGCUUAAUGAAACAGACGGUAUUUUUUAGUUAUUUUAGAUUUGAGAAUUACAUACAUACCACUUUACAUUAUAUAAAUUUAAUAAUUUGUUGUAAAAAUAAUUGAAAAAUUGAAUUGCAUCUAUAAAAAUGACAGUUGAGGGGAAAGAAAUAAAAUGCAUGAGCCAAAAUUAGCAUAAACUAUAUAAUAUAUAGAAAUAUAAGUGAGUUAGGGGAAUAUAAGGGGAUGUGGUGAUGGUGGUGUUGAGAGUGGUGUACUUGGUGUUGCAUGCACCAGACAUCCACAAAAUGUAAAUAAAUACGCCGCAAUAUGAGCAUAGAGAAUGAGGAUAAAACGGUCGCUGCCAGUUUUGGUGUUGUUGUUGUUGUAGUAGUAGUUAGUUUUGCUUGCUAGGUUUAGGUUUAGGUGUCCUUGUGCUUCUCAUAGAAGGCGUCUAGGUAUUUUUUGUACUCCUUUUGAUCAUUCCACAUCAUGGCGGCCUGCGCGUUCAGUGGACUCUCGUUAUUCGGUUCGCCGAGCAGCGAUUGUAUCGAUAACAAUAUGGUGCGCACAUCGUACAACGCUGACCACUUGUCCUUCAAGAUGUCUAGACAGAUGGCGCCUUGCAGAUCGA